ACAGAGGGAGGAAGGACAGCAGAGCUCACACCUCAGACAGCAGUGCUUGUGAGCAUUUCUGGAGCUGAAGCUCUUCUCACAGAGGGAGGGACACAGCAGACAGCAGACACCAUGGAGCCCUCCUCAACCCCCGCCCGCAGAGGGUGCAUCCCCUGGAACAGGCUCCUGCUGGCAGUCUCACUCUUAACCUUCUGGAACCUGCCCACCACGGCCCAACUCACCAUUGAAUCGGUGCCCUUCAUUGCUGCAGAAGGGACGGAUGUUCUUCUACUUGUCCACAAUGUGACAUGGGAUCUUCUAGGCUAUACCUGGUACAGAGGAGAAAGGGUAGAGGACAACCAACUGAUUGCAUCGUAUAGAGUAGACACUCAAGUAAAUACACCAGGACCUGCACACAGUGGUCGAGAGACAAUAUACCCCAAUGGAUCCCUGCUGUUCCAGCACGUCACCCAGAGAGACACAGGAUACUACACCCUGCUCCUUUCAAAGAGUAGUUUACAGCCUGAAAGUGUAACUGGACAACUCCGCGUGUACGCAGUGUUACCCACACCUGUCAUCACCAGCAACAACUCCAACCCCAAGGAGCAUGAGGGCACGGUAGUGUUAACUUGUGGACCUGAGACUCAGAACACCUCCUACAUGUGGUGGAUCAACAACCAGAGCCUCCCCAACAGCACCGGGCUGGAACUGUCCAAGGACAACAGGACUCUCCUUUUACUUAAGGUGACAAGGAAUGACACAGGACCCUAUGUGUGUGAAACCCAGAAUCCAGUGAGUGUCGGCCACCGUGACCCAUUCACCCUGAAUGUUUUCUAUGGUCUGGACACCCCCACCAUUUCCCCCUCAGACUCCUAUUACCAUCCAGAGGCAAACCUCAGCCCCUCCUGCCACACAGCCUCUAACCCAGCCAUGCAGUGUUCUCGGCUUGUCAACAAAAGCCCCAAGCAAUCCAUACAGGACUUUAUCCCCAAGAUCCCUGCAAAAAAUUAUAGUGGAUCCCAUAACUGCUUUGUCCAUAACUUUGUCACUGGCCUCAAUAAAACCACAGUCAAGACUAUCACAGUCUCUGAAAACGCCCCAGCCCUCAGUGUGGGGGCCAUCGUCGGCAUCGUGAUUGGGGUCCUGGUUGUGGUGACACUGGUGGCUGCCCUGACGUGUUUCAUUUUCCUGGCAAGGAUGUACAGACCCGGUUGCCUGCACAACAACAGAGAAAACUGGCGCCCAGCGUCCAAGCCAGGGCUCCUUGUCUGGUCCUAGCCCAGCGGUUUCCAUCUACCAGGAAUUACAACACCCCACCAAAGACAUUUACUGUGGGAUCAACCACAAAGCAGAUGUGGCUUCUUAGCUGUCUCCAGGAACUUCUCCUUUAGGGCUGUGGGAAGAGUGCACAUGAGACCUCAGAGGCUGGUGGGGUCAGGAGGUGGAGCCUGAGGCAGAGAACCAGAUCUGAACCCUGAGGAUACUCGGGAACCUGGGUCCAGGGUCAGGGUCCCCCUGGAUCACUGGAGGCCCUGACAGGCUGCCAUGAGCCCUGGAUGGACCAAGACUCAGGCUCCCAUUCCCACAUUUAGCAGUGGCCUAACAGGGCAAGGGACUUGGCCUGUGACCCACUGUGGACCACCUGAGAGAUCUAAAUAAAGAGCA